GGUAACAUAAGCCACCUUUUAGCUUGUAUGAAUAUAAGUCCAUUUGAAUUUCAAUGAACUUGUUUGAAUUCUGAAGAGAGUUAAGUGAUAUAAGUUUGCAAAUGGCCUCUUCUAGUGAUCAAAACUUGGCGUCUGAUAGUGCUGGUUCAAGUGAUUCUACAUCAACAGUUAUUGUGCAACAAAAUUCAAUGUCAUUUGGAAUACUGGCUUGGGUCAUAUUACCGUAUAUAAGCAUAGCUGUUCUUGUGAUGUACACGUAUUCGUAUACUAAAGAUGGUGAAUGGUCAAACUGGGGAUACUGGAGCGAGUGUCAUGGGGGGCUCCGAAUGAGAUCAAGAUUGUGUAACAAUCCUGCACCAUCAAUAUUUGGUCAAUAUUGCCAAGGUGGAUCCCAGAAGUAUGAACUAUGCAACUUGGAUUCAUGUACAGUUUCCAACCGAAAUAAUCUGAAGCAAGAGAUCGUGGAACAGUUUGACAAAGAAAAGAGGACGGUUCCAACUGAACAUGAACAUUUGAAACCAAACGCCGAGCAUCCAGAUGAAAUGGAUAGCAUGCAAGAAACAUAUACUGAAUCGUCAAAAUAUGAAGAAUUUAUUGACGAAGUUCGAGAAACCCUCAAACAGAAUGAACGUACGGCACUAUCUGAAACAAAUGCGAUAAGUUCCUCAUUUCAAGCUUUGAAAACAAAAACAGAAAAACUAAUGAAAGAUCAUAAAAAACUGAUAUCAAAGGAAAACGAUGCAUUUAAAAAUCAAAUAACUGAUAUCGUUAAAGGUUUAGAGAAUAAAACAAAUAUGUCAAAAUCAGAGCUGGAAAAAGUUAAACGUAAAAUGAAAUCUUUUGAAGCUGAAACGCAACUCAUGAACAAGGAGGUCACCGCCAUCUCAAAUGAUUUUAAUGAACAUAAAAAAGAGAUUAUAGAACAAGUUGAAGAGGCGAUUGGAGAUUCUAUUAAAAGACUUUCAAAUAUGCACUCAGAUAAAAUGGUUGCAUUUACAGCAUACGGAGUAUCUGGAACAUCCAAACUGGUUUUUCCUCAUAUUAUUGACAACAUUGGUAAUGGAUAUGAUAUUGCUACAGGGAAGUUUACAUGUACAAUUCCUGGUAUAUAUUUCUUCUCUUUCCAAAUUUCAAAAAUGUACAAAACAUUGACAGAUCUUGUUGAAUGUUUCAUAUAUCGUAAUCAGUUUAUAGUUGUCGGUGCGAGGGAAGAUCCGGCGGGAACAAAUGCAGGAAAUGAUGAUGGUGGAUAUUCUAUCGGGGUCUCUGCUGCCCUACAUUUAGAUACCAAAGAUACUGUAUACAUCGGCGGAUGUACAGGCAUUGGAGCUGUAUACACCGACCUUAGAUCAUCAUUUACAGGAUUUCUAGUGCGGCCUAACAACUGAUUAAUUGACUGUUUGUUUGAUUGAUUGAUUGAUUGAUUGAUUGAUUGACAAGUGAAUUGAGUUUAAUUGUAUGAUUAUCUUAUAAUACGUUUUCAUUUCGAGGGUUUAUACCGGGACUUAGUAAGAUGUGUCGUGUGCUUUUAAUGACGCCAUAGUCAUUCUGCCGAUGUGUACAUUUACCAAAUACCGCUGAUUAAGACAUUAGUCUGAGUGAUUUCUUUAGUGAACUUAAUUCUUACGUUAUAUGACAGGAAAUCUGUGCAGACGAGACUUCCUGGCUCAAGGAAAACUGUUUAUCUGUAACUCGGCAGAGUUUCGUAACAGCCAGACAGGCAUAAAAUUGUCGAUGAUACCCAUGGCUUCUUUUUAGAUAUCAUUAGAUUGGUACGUUUAAAUAGAUCUACUGUUUGUACAUGUAUUUAAAAAAAUAAUCACUUUCUCCCUUUAACAGAAACUUUUGUAAAAAGAAAAUAGUGUUUGCUAUUGUAAUUAAAUGCUUUUCAUGUUCAGCAUAUUAUAACCUACUUUUAAAGAACACAGGACUUACAAUACAUUUGUAAUGAGAUUACCGUUUUCAUCAAUACAUCGUAUGACUAUGAGCUAUAAUAGCUUUGUCAAUUAUGUAUUGUGAGAUUUAUGAAAGAAUAAAGCUUCUUCAUCAUUAUCAUCUUUUUCUUCUUUUUCUUCUUCUUCUUAUAUUGACAAUAAUGUAAAAAAAGGCGGAAAGAGAAAGAGCAGUCUAUUACUCUUAAUAUAAUUGGGGUUCCUUUAACAUAGAGGUCAUGUAUAUGGUCUGUCAUCAUCUUUUUCAUUUCAAAUAUAGAUUAUGAUACAAGUAGAAGUUAGAUGAUUGCCUUUAAGCUUCAUAAAAUAAGCCUACAAGUGUUUUGUUGCAUAACUUCUCCUCUAAGGACAUACGCUUUAUUAACAGACCAUGGAUGUAUAGAUAUUAAUUAAUGGUUGCCUAUAAUAUUUUUGAAUGUAAGGUAACUAGUUACUCAUUGACAUCAUAUUUACAAAAUGUUAAUGAGAUUGAGUUUAGUGUAAUACAACAUUUGUCAUUUUACUUUAAGUUAUAGAAUUGCAUUUAACCUAUGCAUUUAUGAAUUGAUCAACUGUAAUCAUGUCGAUGCAGGUUUUUGUAGUAUUGAUUUCAAGAUGGAUAAACAGUUUUAGUUGGUUGUGUGGCUAUAUCUUAAGAUUUGUCCUAGAUUGAAAAUGACUGUAUGAAAAUGUCAAGUAAUAAGCUUCUGUACUUGUUGUCAUAUUUUAAACAUUUUAUAGUUGUAGAAUAUGUAAUAUACUUUAUCCAUAACAAUGAUAGGCCAGUUUAAUUUUUACGUUGAUAUUUGUGUAGAAUCACUUUGUAAAAUUAUCACAAAAUCCUGAAAAUUGUUAAAAGAAGCAGCAAAAUCAAAGAAUAUUCCUUGGUUGCUAGGCAACAAAAAAAUCCUUUCAGCUGCGAAGGAUUUUUAAGAGUUAACGAGUUUUAAGAGUCUCAUAAAGUUGAAGAAAUAAUCAUCACUUCGUUAUAUAAAUUAUCAAAAUAUAGAACCUUAAAUGUACCUGAUAAUAAAAGUUGUGAACAUAAUAUUAAUAUUAUUUUCAAUGUAUACUGAAUUGAAUUGGAAUGACAAGGCUGUUCUCUAAAUACCUUAGGAAGUUCAGCUAGACAUUAUUUGUAGUAUUGUUUUCAUAUUUUUUUAUACUUGCUAUUUUGUUAACUUAAUCUCCUAUAUGCCUGUAAAACUGUAAAAAUUUGGAAAUUUAGCAAUUUAGAAAAAAUAAUAUUCAUUGGUUGCUAGGCAACCUAAUUAUAUACAGAGACAGUUAUAAGUAAGUGAAAUUGUUUUGUAGGAAAUUUCUUUAUGUCAGUUUAUUAUGCUAGUCAAUUCAAAGUUAUUACUUUGUUGUGAAGGUACAGUGUAGUUAACACAAGAUGUUCCUGAAAAUACUUUUAUGAAAAUAUGUAUUAAUAUCUAUAAAAAUUCAAUACCUAUGUAUAGUGAGUUGAAGGAUACUUCGAUGCAAGAACUAUUAUUAAGAUUGUAUUUGCAGUUUUAAUAGAUGCUUUUUUGCAAUCCUGCUGCUUUGAUCUUGAUAUUUUGAGAUCUAUUUUAAUCAUAUAGCCAACAAUGCGCUUAAAAUCUGAAACAUUUAGAAGAAAAUCAUGGAAUAUUUUGUGGUUGCUUAGCAACACUGAUUGUUUUUGUUACUAAUUGUUUACGUAUUAAAUAAACCAGUUAUACAGCAGAUAGCUUAUUUAUGUAGUAUGGAAAUUCACAUUUGAUAAAAUGCUUAUUGGUCAUUGUAAACAAUAACAUACAGAACAAUAUAUAUCGUAAAAUAUUGAGUUUCUGCUAAAAAUUAACAUGGCUUACUAUCACUAGUCAAGUGUACAGAACAUGGAAUGUAUGUAAUAUCUUAAAUGGAAAAUUAUUGAAAAAUAAAAAUAGGCAUUGUUUGCAAUUGUGUUGAAAAUUAUUUAUUUCUGCUGCUGUGUUAGCUAUAUUUUACCAAGAAAUAUGUUAAGUUACAAAUAAAUUACAAAUAUUUAGAAUAUUCCGUGGUUGCAAGGUAACAGAAUAUAGCUUCCUAUAAGUUGUAUUUGGGUAAUGAUGUCAUUUAUUUAGUGUUACUGCUUU